GUGUAAACAACAGAGGUACGAAGUUACAGUUUGUCUUUACUAGCUAAGUUAGGUCAAGUAUAUUGUAUUGUUUGUUGAAUUUAAAACACGAUUGAAAUUCUCCAGUGUUUUUUCAGUUGGCUAAUUUCGGCUAUGAGUGGAAGUGAAGUAAACCUGAAGGAUGCUGAAUCGUUGUGUUUGAUACAUGAGGAUCUGCUCAAUCAGGCAAUAUUGGAGCAAAAUCCUAAAGAUGAAGUUGGGGGCAAUUUCAAUGAAGAGGGAAUCCACUUUGAUGAAAUCCUUAAACUAGGUCUGGAAUACAGAAACAUCCUGAGGAUUGACCACUUGUGGGAAUUCACAUCCUUGACCAGACUCAAUCUGAAUAACAACUAUAUUGAAAUCAUUGAGGGCCUUGAUCGUCUGAUUAAUCUGACAUGGCUUGAUCUGUCAUUUAACUGCAUAGAAAAAAUUGAAGGUCUGGAGUCCUUGCGGAAGCUGGAGCUGCUGAAUUUGUCCAGCAACAAAAUCUCUGUUCUUGAAAACAUGGACACACUCGAGGGACUCACUCAUUUCUCCAUUGCAAACAACCUCCUUGGACAGUUGGACAUCGUACUCUAUCUCAGGAAGUUUAAGAACAUGUUCAACAUCAACCUACUUGGAAAUCCUUGCAGUAAGGAAGGCGAUUAUACAUUUUUCAUCGCAGCCUUCUUCCCAGACUUGAAGUCCCUAGACUACACUUUACUUGACGAGAAGACAAAAGAAGAAGCAUCUGUCAAAUACCACGAUGUCCUCGAAGAGAUGAAAUGUAAUGAUCUGCAGAAGCAACAAGCUGAAAAGGCUAAGCAAUGCAAGGAAGCUGAAGUCCAAUUACACACUGAUGCCUUUGUGGAGUUCCUGAAUGACUCUAAACUGUUUAAGAGCAUGUUCAACGACGAUCAAGAGGCAGAUAAACUACACUGUGUGCCUGAAAUUGCUCGUCUGCUUCGAACAUAUCCUUUUAUUCAAGAGGGGGUAAUAAUAAUAUUAUGUAAUCACAGGAAAAAAGCUCUUGAAUUCCUUAACCAUACUCUUACAUUUGAGAAAGAAAUGGUGGAUCUGUGCAUGCAGUUGUUUGAAACAGGCUUGGCUGAACAUAAGCGAAGGGAGAAAGAAGUGAACUCCUUUUUCAUUGGUCAGAAUGAGACUGUGACUGAGUACCAGCAGAAAGCGUUGCAAAUAUUGACAAACUUUGAGCAGCAACACAAAGAGAGGACAGUGGAAAUGCAGAAGUUAUCAGAAGGACACUUACUGAAGGUCAAGAUCAACCAGUGCAAUGAUGAAAUUAAUCAACUCUGUAAAGGCCUCAUGGCGCUGGAGUUUCAGAUGGUCAGCCAGCUUGAGGAUAUCACCAACAAGUUGGACAUCAACAUUUCUGAGAUGGUUGGCUACUUCACUGAAUGUGUUCAGGGGACAUUAGCGCAAUGUCGAGAUCUUGAGGAUGAUUAUAAUGGGAAGGUACGAGUGACUGCUUUAGCACUUCUGGAUGAUGCUUCCAAGGACAACCUGGAUGAAUUUUUGCCAGAUCCUGUUAAAAUUCUGUUUACAUGCAAAGAGACAGUGAUGGAUGCACUGGCAACCGGCCACGAUAACCACCUGAUGAAGAUCAAUGACCAAGAGACUGAGAUGGUUUCACGUGCCAAUGCCUGGAAAGUGGCCCUCAUUAAAGGGAUUCAAGACAAAGACCUUAAGCAGAACCGCACGCGCAUCAAAGACAUCCACAGAUAUAUGGACCAUCUGUGCGUUCAGCUGGAGGAGUUUCAGUAGCAGUAUAAUUUCAGUGUUAUCUACUUGGGUAUACAAACAACAAACUGCAGUUCUGAAUAGAAGGCUAUAUUCAAUGAUUCAAAUAUGUGUAAGGCUUGGUUAAAAAAGUAGUGUGAAAAAUAAGAAUGUGAAGGAAAAUGUCUUUUAAAUGCUAUCUGAUUUCAUGCUCUGUAUUGUCAUAUGUGUAACACAAACUAAAUAAAUAUG